AUGUAUUUCCUGGUGGUACGUGACCCUCGUUUUGAAUCACUGUGUGGUAACCUCGAUGUUGAUGGGUUUAGGAAGAGAUAUGAUUUCCUUUUUGAAAAUAAUCUUCCUGCUGAAAAAGAGGAACUGAAGAAGCAAUUGAAGAAAACAAAUGACCUGGAUGUUGUUGAGGAAUUGAAGAAGCACAUAUCCUGGAUUGACAAACAAUUAAAAUUUGAAACAGCAAAGAGUACUGAUGCUGCCGUACUGUCUGAGCACAAGAAGAAAGAGAGAGAAGCUGCAAAACAUGGGAAACGACCCUUCUAUCUUAAGAAAUCUGAAAUCCGGAAGCAAAGACUUGUCGAGAAAUAUAACAAACUCAAGGCAUCUGGCAAGCUUGAAUCCUUCAUUGAGAAGAAAAGAAGGAAAAAUGCUUCCAAAGAUCACAAAUAUAUGCCGUAUCGUCGACCCAACACCAACACCGAGCAAUAGAAGUAAUAAUUUUAUAAGUUUUUUGGUUGGUCAAGAUUGUCUAUACCUUAAAUUCCAUCCAAUAAAUGUUGGUAUCAUCUAGCUAUCUUUGAAGGGUAUGGGCAGCGUAAGUAAAGAACAGGGUUCAACAGUUUUGUAAUUGUAGUUUAGAAUUGGGUAACACUUGUUUGAGUUCAAAGUUUUGUAUUUAUAUGAUAUUAACUUGAUUCAUAAUCAUA